CGAAUUCACCUUCGUGCUCCCGCUAGUUGUAGGGAGGUCAGUCAUGGACAGCUCCUUGGCAUCAAUGGAGGACUCUCCCACCAGUCCCCUCAAGGCCUUUGCUACCUUUCUUAUUCGCCACCACUCCGAUCAGCUCCGCUCCAUUGCUCACUCCCCUGAUCCUAAGCUCCACUACCCUUUAUUCGUGGAAUUUGCUGAGCUGAUGGACGACGACCCACCUCUUGCUCGUCUUCUCUUCUCCCGUCCGACCGACUACUUGCGGGUUUUUGACGAUGCAGCUGUUUGGGCUCAUAUGAUCAUUUUGGGUGAUUCAAAAGGGUCUAUGAAUGGAGUUAAAAAAGAUUUCAUCCAUGUUCGCAUUAAUGUCACUGGCUCCCCGCUGGAGUUUCCUGAGACUUUUCCUAGUAUUGGGUCUGUCAGAGUGAAGCAUCAUGGAGUGCUUCUUACACUUAAAGGAACGGUAAUCCGAUCCGGGGCAAUUAAGAUGUACGAGGGUGAGAGGUGGUAUAUCUGCCGGAAAUGCAAGCACAAGUUUCCAGUUUAUCCAGAGCUAGAAACUAGAAACUCAAUACAGUUACCAUCAUUUUGUCCUUCUCAGAGGUCAAAACCAUGUGAAGGGAAAAGUUUUGAGUGCUUGGAAGGAUCUGUCGUACGUCAUGAUUACCAAGAGAUAAAAAUUCAGGAGAGUACACAAGUUUUGGGUGUGGGGUCCAUUCCUCGUUCCGUUCUAAUCAUUCUCAAGGAUGACCUUGUUGAUCUUGUUAAAGCUGGAGAUGACGUUAUUGUUUCAGGAGUAUUGAGUGCAAAGUGGUCCCCAGACCUCAAAGAUGUUAGGUGUGACCUUGAUCCAAUGCUAAUUGCAAAUCAUGUGAGAAGAACCAAUGAACUAAAGGCCGAGGUUGACAUCCCUGAUGAUAUAAUUAUGCAAUUCACGCAGUUCUGGUCAGAUUUCAAAGACACUCCUCUAAAAGGAAGAAAUGCUAUUCUAAGAGGUAUAUGCCCUCAAGUGUUUGGACUUUUUACUGUAAAACUUGCAGUGGCUUUAACACUCAUUGGAGGUGUACAACAUGUGGAUAUAUCUGGUACUAAAGUUCGAGGUGAAUCUCAUCUACUGUUGGUUGGUGAUCCUGGUACUGGAAAGUCACAGUUCCUGAAAUUUGCUGCCAAAUUGAGCAACCGAUCUGUUAUUACCACUGGUUUAGGAAGCACUAGCGCUGGGCUAACUGUUGCUGCUGUGAAGGAUGGAGGGGAAUGGAUGCUGGAGGCUGGGGCACUUGUAUUGGCUGAUGGAGGACUUUGUUGCAUAGAUGAAGUGGACAGCAUGAGAGAACAUGACAGAGCCACGAUCCAUGAAGCAAUGGAGCAACAGACUAUAAGUGUGGCAAAGGCGGGUCUUGUAACAACUCUCAGUACUAGAACGAUAGUAUUUGGCGCAACAAAUCCUAAAGGACAGUAUGACCCUGAACAACCUCUCUCUGUCAAUACAACACUCUCCGGUCCCUUAUUGAGCAGAUUUGAUAUUGUUCUUGUGCUUUUGGAUACAAAAAACCCUGAAUGGGAUGCAGUUGUUUCAUCUCAUAUUCUCUAUGAGAGCGAACAAGAAAAGGGAAAGCGUGACAAUGAUCUUUCAAAUAACUGGCCUCUUACUAUGCUUCGAAGAUACAUCCAAUUCGUAAAAGGAUACUUCAGACCGGUGCUUACUCAGGAGGCUGAACAAAUUAUCUCAAACUAUUAUCAGCUUCAAAGAAGAUCAGCAAUGGAUAAUGCAGCCAGGACAACGGUACGCAUGCUUGAAAGCUUGAUACGCUUAGCACAAGCACAUGCACGUCUUAUGUUUAGAAAUGAGGUUACCCGGCUCGAUGCCAUUACGGCUAUUUUGUGCAUCGAAUCAUCCAUGAUGACCUCAGCUUUAGUGGAUAGUGUUGGGAAUGCCUUGCACUCCAAUUUUACCGAGAACCCAGAUGAGGAAUAUGCAAAGCAAGAAAUUUUGAUCCUUGAUAAGCUCAAAUCGGUGGACGAAUAGUGUCAUCGUCACCUUGAUGGAAGGCUGAGACUCAAGAUACCCCAAAUCUUCGAACGCUUGAAAUUGUAGAUACCAGAAAAAUGUAGAUUGCUGACAUUACUUCUAGAUAGUCACAAUUGUUUCGAAGAAAAAAUCGUUACGAUAUUCGAGAUUAUUUUGAAAGUUGUGUUUGUUGUUGGAUAUUAAGAUGAACUAAUUUAAAUCAUCAAUUUUCAUAACCUUGUUCAAUUACAACCUAAAAGAGAAAAUAAUUACUAGAUUUCAAUUUCUAUUUCA